AUAUAUACCCAUCGCAUAAUUUGUAUUUGUAUCGUUUGGAUAUAUAUUGGAAGCUGGACGUGCACCGUUCUCGCUUUCGGAACACAAAUUUCGUCGUUUCCAAUCAGAUGUGAGAUCGAUCGAUGGACUUUAGCAGUGUUAUAAUAAGCAGUCUGGUAAUGAGAUUCUCGAAGAGAAGAAUAUCUUGAUUGUUAAGAAGCUCUCUUGUCUGGUGCUUGUGUUCUGGCCAAAGAAGUGAAGGCUAAUUCAGUUGAACAUGGAGAUUAAUCAGUCCAAUGAAUCUACCAAAAACUUGAGGCACUUCCCACUGACUCCGUUUAGAAUUUUCAGGGGUCUGCUAUGUUUAGCGGUAUAUCUUUUGACUGCGUCUAUGUUCUUGGUGUAUUUUGCACCUGCAGCUGCUGUUAUCCUACGACUAUUCAGUCUGCGCUGCAGUAGAAAAGCUGUGUCUUUCUUGUUUGGCCUAUGGCUUGGUCUCUGGCCAUUUUUGUUUGAGAAGAUAAACAAAACCAGGGUUAUAUUUUCUGGUGAUCAAGUUCCAGUGGAAGAGCGUGUUCUCAUAAUCUCCAACCACAGAACCGAGGUUGACUGGAUGUAUCUAUGGGAUUUUGCUCUACGGAAAGGAUGUUUGGGGUACAUUAAGUAUAUUCUAAAGAGCAGCUUGAUGAAGCUGCCGAUUUUUGGCUGGGGAUUUCACAUUUUAGAGUUCAUCCCAGUGGAGAGAAAGUGGGAAGUUGAUGAACCAGUAAUGAAUGAGAUGCUCUCAAGCUUUGGCGAUCGUGAGGAUCCAUUGUGGCUUGCUGUCUUCCCUGAAGGAACAGAUUACACAGAACAGAAAUGCAUGAGAAGUCAGAAGUUUGCAAGGGAAGGUGGAUUGCCAAUACUUAAAAAUGUCUUGCUUCCGAAGACAAAGGGCUUCAAUGCUUGUUUGAAGAUCUUGAGGGACUCUCUGGAUGCAGUUUAUGAUGUAACUAUAGCCUACAAGAACCGAUGCCCUUCUUUCAUGGACAAUGUAUUCGGUGUGGACCCUGCUGAAGUGCACAUGCAUAUUAGACGCAUCCCUCUGCAGCAAAUCCCCGCAACUGAAAACGAAGCUGCUACAUGGCUAAUGGAUGCUUUCGUACUAAAGGAUCAGCUGCUCACUGAUUUCAUCGUGAAUGGUCAUUUUCCUGACCAAGGAACAGAAGAGCAACUCUCAACAGUGAAAUGUGUUGCUAAUUGUGCAGUGGUGAUUGCUUUUACUGGCCUAUUCUUGUUUCUAACAUUUUUCUCAUCCUUUUGGUUUAAAGUUUACGUUUGCUUAGCUUGUGUAUACCUAGCUUUUGCUAGCUAUUUUAAUGUCAGACUAAAGUCUGCAGAUACAUUCGUCAAAGGUAGAUCCAUGAAGAAAAGUUAUUGAACUGAUUGAUUAUUGUGCUUUCAA